GACCGACACAUCACUGUUGUAGAUACGGACGGAACCAUUCAAAAAGCGUUUAUUCGUCAAAAUUAUUUUAGGACAUGAGCGCUUAGUUCGUCUUUUUAAAGUGCAGCCUGCUGAUACACGUUUCCCGUGCCACUGGCAUUGAAAAUUUCAGUAUUAGUACACUUCAGUAUUAGUACGUAUUUACUUAGCUGGCUUAUUUGCUAUCUGAAGCUAAUGCCGCCUUGACGGACUAUCGGAAUUUCCGCAGUUAUGGAUAGAAUUGAAUAUGGAAGAUUGAAUCCACUUGUGCUUAAAUAUCUUACAGAAUUGAUUGCAUAGCUACGUUACUCUUAAGACCAACGCAAGAUUUGUCCACUUAGAAAGAAAUUAGCAAAUUGUUAAUGGCAGUGUAUACCUUAUAAUUUCUCUUGACAUCGCAAAAUAACAAGUAACUCGAACUAAUUUGGAGAAAAGGCUUGCAACAACAAAUGAGCGAUACUAUGCGACAGACCGGAUAAUUGUUGGCCGUGACACGUUUGAGGGCUUUUGAAUUUACGAGGGGUUCCUAAAGGCAGCAGAUCCUGUCCUGCAAAGUUAGCUAGCAGCAGCAAUGGAUGCAGUUAGCCGGUAGGAGAAGACCGCAGCAUCAGCAUUGUCCAUACACAAUGACAUAAAACAGGCACCAGCUCAGUUUACUGUACGAGACGACGGGGAGGAAUAACUCUGACACCAGAUAAAGAUGAGCCGCUUCUGCUCAGACAACAACAACUUUCCCUAUGACAACAACGUCCUAGUUUUGGACAUGGUGCUGGGCUCUUUGUGGGGGGUACCCCAGCCCAUAAACUGGGACAAUGUAGCCAAGCUAGUUCCAGGAUUCACUCCCAAGGAGUGUGCCCGACGAUUUGAGGAGCUGAAGAACGCAGGGGGUUUCCCUCAUGUGGACAACCAGUGUAAUGCCCUGACAGAGGGAAGUACCUCCCCUUCAGAUGGCCUGUCCACGCUGCUGGGCACUGGGGAGAUGGUGGAGACAGGCAGCAGCCAGUGCACCAGCAAAGUUACAGGCUCUAAAUCUACACUCUCAGGAAGGGUUGGUGCUGUGGAGAAGAAAGAGAAAAGAGUCUCAGCAGAGGAGGAUGACAAACCCCAGAAGCCACGAGAUCCCAACAUGGUCAUCCACGUGUGUGAUGAGACAAAGAACCUGAAGCAGGAUUUCACGUGUCCCAGAGAUCUGCUAGUGAAAGAGAUGCGUUACUUCGCCGAGUACUUGUCUGUGGACCCCCAGCGAUGGGAAGAGGUGGACAUCUCUGUUCACUGCGACGUGCAGAUCUUUGACUGGCUCAUGAACUACGUCAGGAGGAACUCUGCAGGAGAGGGAAACAAGGACAAACCCCGGCUCGAGCCCAGCAAUGUGAUCUCAAUCCUGAUCUCCUCCGAGUUCUUGAAGAUGGAUACGUUAGUGGAGGAAUGUAUCCAGUACUGCCACAAACACAUGAGUGCCAUCGUGGCUACACCCUGCAACAUGAACUGCAUCAACAGCAAUCUGGCAACACGCAUCGCAGAGCUCUUCAACCACAAUGAGGCGGACGACAUCAGGGACAAAAAAGACAAGUUCAAGAGCAAAUUGUUCCAGAAGAAAAUUGAGCGCCUGUUCGAUCCCGCCUAUCAGAGCAGAGAUACACCGGGGAACGCCUCGACUCUCUACAGGUGUGGUCUGUGUCUCAAGCUGCUAACCAAAGACACAGAGAGGAAGAUUUCUUGUGUUCCAGGGAAAAUCAACAUUAAUGCUCAAGGAGAGAUCAUCUAUACACACACCAGACAGAAAAGCUGGGAUGUGCAUGAAUACAUCAGUGGUCUGUAUGAGGAGCUCAAGUCCUGGGUCCUGGUCUACUGGAGAAUCUGGGGUACCAUUAACUACCUCACCUGCUCCAGAUGCCAGCAGGUGUUUGUGUGUGCAGAGCUCACCCACUGCAAGUACCACCCAGACAGUGUUCUGUACCCCGGCCUGGGUGCUGAGAAAGGCCUGCACGGGGCAGGAAUUUACCCCUGCUGCAACCAGAGGGUUCUCCGCUUUGACCCCACUGGUAUGCCCAAGGGCUGUAAGAUGCGAGACCACAUAGUGAACGUACCUGAUGAAGAGAACUGUGAUGAGGUGACCUCCGCCCAGACCAGAGUCCUUAAUGACCUGCUGCUGCACAGAGACGCUGUUUGUUUGUUGAACACACCACCUGCAGAAGGUACUGAGGAGAGUCCAUCCAGAGCAGAAAAGGUUCAGGACUGUGAUGUUCUCCUGGAGCCAACUCUCCUCGGACCUCUGAGAGGAGACGGCAGCACUUUUUCCCUUUUGAAAAACUGGAGUCUGCAGCUGAGACAGCAGUCGCUCCUGUCAGAGGAUGAGGAGUACACCACGGGGUCAGAGGUCACCGAAGAUGAGGUGGGGGAUGAAGAGGAGCUGUCCAAGAAACAAGUGGCCAAGAAGGCUAAGAAGGCCCACAGACCUCUGAAGAAACAGAUGUCCUCUCCAAACUUCCAACGCAAAGAAAAACCAGAGAAAUCGCAGACCAGGGACAACACACCGUUCACAGUGAGCGUCCAGAAAAGUAAGUGGGACAGCUCUCGCUCCAUGCGCUACAACCAGGACGCUCAGAGGGAAGAAGACCAGCGCCGCAUGGUGGAGAUCAUCGGCCACCUGACUAAGAUGAGGUUUGGAGACCAGGAGCAGAGCAAAUCUAAGGACACUAAGGAGCCUGCAGGGGGAAUCUACUCCAGACUGGAAGCACAGUUUAAGAGUACCUCUCAGGCCAGACAGAGUUCAGAGAAGACUCCAAGAUCUAAAAUACGCUACGCUCAGAUCCGGACCACAUAAAGGACUUUGAUGGGAAAAGGGGCACAGAGCUGCUGAAGUGAGGCUACAGAAGAGUAAAAUAUCUUCCCACAGGCAGCUCCUCUCACACGACCACCACUUAAAACCAAGCUCUGGACUCUCUCCUCACCCUCACCCCCCCUGUCAGCCCUCUCCCCCCUCCGCUUAAACUCAGGUGACUACGUAUGGAUCACCAUUAACCGCAUCCUCUGUUCUCUCAGCUAGCUUUUUAUUUGUGCAGCUGUGACCAGUCCUUGAAAAACAAGGUGAACUCUGGAUCCAGCUCUUAGGGAAUGCACUUUGACUGAUCUCAGUGUUCCUUCAGGACUGUUUUGUUUUUGGACCCAGACAAGUGGGGGUUCCUGCAAAGGACAACACGAGAACUGCUCAUGUAGGCAACUGAAAUAUUUUCCGACAGCCAUCUUACUCGAAGAUCUGAAUUGUUUAGAUCCAGUGAACUCCGCAUUUGAGAAAAUAAAAAUCUUGUUUCAGAGAAAAGGCCACAUCCCCCAUCUGCUAAAGGCCAGAUGGAGUAUGAAAUGUUUACUGCAUCAACACAACUCAGCCUGUUUGAGCUAAAAGGCUGAUAACAGUACAUCAGUACGUUUAACUCUGUGCUAGUUCUCAUUGUCUUCUGUGGUAAAGCGCAGCCAACUGGAAGAGACAGAUGCCACAGUUACUGACAGAUAUUCCCCCCAGUUCUGGUAGAGAUUAUAGUUCUAGUCAUUUCUAUCUGUACUGGAAUGUGAGAGUGCUGUUCGACACUGGGACCAAUAAAACAUG